AUGAAGGAGAAGCUCGAUACGGACGCAGCUGUAACACUCAAUAGCGAUCAUCCAGAAGACUGGGACAACGAAAUGGCGUACCAUAAUUCAGAGCAUGAAGAACGUUCCAAGUCGAUGAGACAUGAGAUUGGUGCAAGAAGCGCCAAAUCUGGCCGUUGCUCAAAUGCCACGAUGGAGAGUAGGAAAAGACGUAAAAGGAAACUCAAGCGGACUGCCGAUGAUGCCGGGCUUACCGCCCAUUAUUACAACGAGAAAAAGCGGCUUCGAUUGGUUGGGUUCGAUUUCGGAAAGGAUGAAAAAGGCCAGUACCAUCCGAAUGCUCUCAGACCGGUUUUAUUACGGGAUGGUCAAUUAGCCCAACUUCAUAAAGGGCUAAAGGACGAAGUUGUCAAACUGCUCGGAGAUGACGAUGUGCAAACUGCAUAUGCGAGCGCUGAAAAACGACCUCGCACUGAGACCUCUUCUAUAGCUACGACAAGUCAAGAUGAGGAGUAUGACGGUUAUGACGACAGUGACUUGAAUAUUCCUCUCACUUCGCCACCCCCACGUACCAAUCAAGGCCGCGGCGAAGGUCCACAGUACAAAGCAAGAAACCUCAAUACCAUGGUGGAACCAUGUAAAGGAUGUGCCAACCCUAAGAUGGUGACACGUAAUGUUGAUUGCGUAUACAUGACUGUAUAUCUUAUGAGGCAUCAUUUGCUUGCAGCAACACCUGCGCAGCCAGAAAUGGCGUUUCACCUCUGUGUUUUGGAGUUUUACGCCACGCUUCGAGGUUUUGGACACACAGCUGUCCAAGCAUUUGGAAGCACCGUAUCUCACGUUCAUGAUUUCCAUAAGGAUGAAACGUUGCAUAAAAAUUUUGGACAUACGUUCUUUAAGUAUUUAGAGACUACCACACUAGUAGAAGAAGAACUGGUAUCGAAAAAUGAAUGGGCAAAAGAAGAAUAUGGAUGUCCUACGUGUCAUCCAAAUUGUAUGUUUAUCGCUAUCGAUGGCAAUAUUCAACUUGAACGUCAUAUGGUGUAUUUCAUCUAUAACCACCAAAACUUUUACAUCAACUUUGAGGGCUUAUUUCUUCCCCCACAUCAAGUUUAUUGA